AAAAAUGGGCCCUUAAAAGAGGUCAAAGUAACACAAUUAACUCAAGCUUUUAAAUGUAACAGAGGACAACUGAACAGACAAACCAACUUAAUAAACUGACCUAUCUAAUUGAAAACACAAGGGAACAUAUAUAAUGGCUGAUCAAACCAACUAGACACACAAGGGGGAACUUAAAAAGACCAAGACAAAAUACAGAAAACAAACUAAACUAAUGUCCAACAUGUGAUAAAUUAACAUACACAAUGAAUGAAACUAAGGACCAUCAAAAUGGAAACUAAAGUAAAGAAACACAAAAAGAAUUCCUUGUCCACUGGGUGAUGGUUCAGUCCAAUUAGCUGCCUGCUGAAUAUAAGGCCUCUGCUGACUGGCAUGAAUUGUUGUGUCAGGCCUGGCUUGAUGGUUCCAGCAGCAGAUGGCAGCAGCAGCAACAAUGGUUCCCUCAGCACUGGUAACUCAAAACAUAAAAAAUUAAUGAAGCAAAUUAUAAUAAAGUAAACUGAAACAUGUUAUUGAAUUGUAUGUUCAAAAUGUGUUUGUGUUAUGUUUGAAAAGGAAAACUAAAAGGACAUGCAAACAAAUAAAGUGAACAGAUAGAUGUAGGGUGUGGUGCAGGAGGUUACUGCCCUGAUAGGGUGGCAGCGUAGGCAGCCAUCACAGUAUUGUUGUUAUAAUUACUAUUAUUAUUUAUAAGUUUGUAUCAUAUUGAUUUUAUGGUAACAUGUUUCAAACAAAUUCAAUUUAAAAAAGACACAUCUAGGUGUUAAAAAAUAAAGACUGCUUUUGUGUGAAACUUUAAUUAAAUUAACGGCAGUUAAACAUGAAACAGACAAAAAAAACUAGAAGGCAGCUUUUGGAAAAACCACAUUAUUCCACAGUAUUUCCAGUGGCAAACACAAUAUAAAAAAAAGAAAGGAUUUGGGGCUAACUUUACAUGUGAGUGAAAAGUCAGGUCUAUCUUAAAACAGAACCUGACCACAGGCUCCAGGGCUGCCUGUUGCACACAAUUGAGAUCUUCUGAAGCAGAAAGGAUAAGGAUAAAUGAAAUGAAAUACCAUUCCUUUCCUAAAAUAACACAGGACAGGCUGUGAGGCGACAGGUGGACACAAAGUCUGCCUCCUGGAUUGUGUACAUUGCUGUUGCGGCUUGUGUUCAAAAAGAUAAACUACAUGAAGUUUUUGUUUUCAAAAUUGGCCAAUUAUGCACCAUCUAUGGUAAAAACAAACCAAAAGAUUGUGUUUUUGUACUUUUACUUAGUAUUUAAGUUAUAACUUAUGUGACCAAAAAGAACUACAAUUUUUUAUGAAGAAGCAAUGAGUAGUCAGUGCUGCUGAGUGUUCAGCAAAGUUCCUUGGCACCACAGUCUUUAGAUCUUACAGCGCAGCUGCAAGACCAGAGUCACUGGAUGUGAAGACGACACGCAGCUGCCACUGUCAAUCACAGCGCUAACAUACACGCAGAGCAACCGAGCUGCUAAGACAAAAAGAGCUCAUGGCUGUUUGUGCCUACAAAACACAGACGCACACAGUGAGGAACUCAAUCAGGAUGGAAAUUUAAUAAUGAUAGGAACCAAUAUGAAGACGCCAGAACAAAUACUUGUCCAUCUGCUGAUAUGGAUCCCCUUGUGUCACAGCAUACAAACAGCUCCUCGCAUCAUCACCUUAUUAGAGACUGUAGAUGUGCUACUGGAUCACAAUGCAACCUUCAUCUGUGAGGUGGAGUCACGUCCGCCUGCUAUCAUCACCUGGACCAAGAAUAACCAUCCAAUCAAGUACUAUGACACUCGCUACCUUACCAGAGAGAAGGGACAGAUGCUUGUGAUUCCCCAUGUGAGAGAGUCGGACAACGGAGAGUACUGCUGCCUCGCCAGCAAUGGCAUUGGAGAGCCUGCAAAGAGCUGUGGAGCACUACAGCUAAAGAUGAAGCCACAGAUCAAACAACAACCCAGAAAUCUAACCCUGGUAAUUACAUCUAAAGCAGUGCUUCCCUGCUUCACCCUUGGCAACCCCAAACCUGAAAUCACCUGGCUGAAAGACAACAAUCCUGUGAAGUUCAGUGAGGGUAUCACAAUUCUUGACAGUGGAGCAUUAAAGAUCCACAACAUCCAGAAAGAGGAUGCAGGACAGUAUCGCUGUGUGGCAAAAAACAGCUUUGGGUUAGCUUUAUCAAAGACUGUCACCAUUGAGGUACAAGCUCCAGCACGAAUCUUGCGUGCUCCGAAGGAAAAGAGAGCUCCGUCCGGCAGCCAGAUAACUCUGGAGUGCAAUGCUACAGGAAUUCCAAUACCCACGAUCACCUGGCUGGAAAAUGGGAAUGCUAUCUCAGGUGCAUCGGUGGAAGAAACCAUAGUGGGUGAUGUCAUUCUGUCUGUUCUGAAAGUGACAGUGGUGAAGCAUGCUCUCUACACCUGUAUGGCUUCAAACAGACACAGUGGUGGAGCCAACACGGUCAAAGCAACUGCAGGAGUCACAGUUGCAGAGUGGAGGCUUUUUAAAAGCAGCUCUGGCUACUGCAGUGCAUACCGUGGAGAGGUUUGCCAAACUGUUCUGCAAGACAAUUUUCUGGUUUUCUUCAACGCCUCCCUUUCGGAUCCCGAGGACAUGCAGGAGUAUCUUGUACAGAGCUGGUGGACAGAGCUGGAAGGACUCAGUACGCUGUGCAGCCCUGCCCUGCUCUCACUGCUGUGCCACUCCUCCUUCCCCAACUGCAAUCCAUCAGGGUUGGGGCCUGCUCCUAAACCAGUAUGCAGAGAACACUGUCUGGCAGUAAAGGAGUUGUACUGCUAUAAGGAGUGGUUGCUACUUGAAGGCAGCCGGUCAGUUCAGCCAGAGCUCUUUGACUCUGUCUUGGGAUCACAUUAUCUGCCCAAAUGUCAAGCUUUACCAAGUCUGCACGCAGACCCAGAUGCCUGCACACAUGUUCCUUUUUUAGAUCUCAGCAAAGAUGAAAUUACAACAACCUGUUACAAUGACAAAGGACGCCUUUAUCAAGGCAACAUAAAUGUCACAAGGUCGGGGAUACCAUGCCAGCCCUGGAACCAACAGGUCCCCCACCAGCAUCGUCUGUCUGUAGACAUUAUUCCAGAGCUGAAGAACUCUCACAACCACUGUAGGAACCCUGGUGGAAUCAGUGACAGGCCUUGGUGUUACACCUCCAACCCUAACAUACGCUUGGAAUACUGUGUUGUGCCACAGUGUGGGAAAACAACCAUACCACCAGUUAUAAAGCCCGAGUCAACAAGGCAGAACCCUCACCUUCCUCCCACAACCUCUGUGUCUUCUCCUGCUUACUCCAUGUCUGUCAUCGUGAUUGUCUUGACCUCGUUUGCUAUCACAGUCGCCCUCUCUAUUGUCAUCCUCAGCUGCUACAGGCGGAGGAAACAGUGGGCAAACCGAAAAAGAGAGAUGAAGAUGCCAACGUUAAGCGCUCUGCCAUCUGAGCUGCUGCUGGAUCGCCUCCAUCCCAACCCCAUGUACCAGCGCGUUCCCCUGCUGCUGAACUCCAAGCUACUGGGGCUGGAGUAUCCACGAAACAACAUCCAGUAUGUCAGAGACAUUGGAGAAGGAGCCUUUGGAAGGGUUUUUCAGGCCAGAGCACCAGGCCUCCUACAAAACAAGCCUUUCACAAUGGUGGCUGUGAAGAUGCUAAAGGAGGAAGCAUCACCUGAUAUGCAGAAUGACUUCCAGAGAGAGGCAGCCCUCAUGGCUGAAUUUGACCAUCCCAACAUUGUUAAACUUCUGGGUGUGUGUGCUGUGGGGAAGCCCAUGUGUCUGUUGUUUGAGUACAUGGCUAAUGGCGAUCUCAACGAGUUCCUUCGUCGCCACUCUCCAACCCAGUCAAUGCACACUCUCAGCUGUCCCAGCAUUUCCAACCGCAGUUUCUCCUCUGAUAUGGAGGCAGGAUCUCUUUCCUGUGUACAGCAGUUAUCAAUUUCUAAGCAAAUUGCUGCAGGAAUGGCCUACCUUUCAGAACGCAAGUUUGUCCACCGUGACCUGGCAACUCGUAAUUGUCUGGUUGGGGAGGAAAUGGUGGUAAAGAUUGCAGACUUUGGACUUUCGAGAAACAUCUACUCUGCUGAUUACUACAAAGCCAAUGAGAAUGAUGCCAUUCCUAUUCGCUGGAUGCCCCCAGAAUCCAUUUUCUACAAUCGCUAUACAAUUGAGUCGGAUGUUUGGGCGUAUGGGGUGGUGCUAUGGGAGAUUUUCUCGCAUGGGAUGCAGCCAUAUUAUGGAAUGGGUCACGAGGAAGUCAUUUACUAUGUGAGGGAUGGACAGAUUCUUGCUUGUCCAGAGAACUGUCCUCUAGAGCUGUACAAUUUGAUGCGGCUCUGCUGGAGCACUCAACCCUCGGACAGACCAAGCUUUAGUAGCAUCCAUCGAAUUCUGGAGCGCAUGCAUCAGAACAAACUGAAUACAAAUACAGACACCGAAUCUGAAAGCAACACUUUUACAGAAAUGUGUGUUCCUGUGCAAUAGAUCAUGAAAGUAAACUGUUGCCUUAAAACUA